AUGGAAGAAGCCACAGUGGCGCAUAGCGCCAAUCGUGGCGGGGGAUCGACCGUGGAUCCGCUUGACACAGACACUGGACCUGCGUGGAAAUCUGAUUGGCAGAGGAUCUUCCGUUGUCGCUACGCGAGACAUUUGCCGCCCGCGUUGCUCUUCUUCGCGCCGUUGCCGGUCUUUGGUUCAUACGCUGUCAAAGGCUCCGGCUCCGGCUCGGGUCACGGCUCUGGAUCUGGUAGCGCUUCCGGCUCUGGUACCGGCAAAGGCACCGGCUCUGGCUCUGGCUCUGGCUCUGGCUCUGGAUCUGGAUCUGGAUCUGGAUCUGGCUCUGGCUCUGGCUCUGGCUCUGGAUCUGGCUCUGGCUCUGGAGGCUCUGGCUCUGGAGGCUCUGGAUCAGGCAGCUCCAAUGGAGGCGGAUCUAACGGUGGUGGAUCUAACGGUGGCGGAUCUCACAACGGCGGCGGAUCUAACGGCGGCGGAUCCAACGGCGGUGGAUCUAACGGUGGAGGCUCCAACGGCGGUGGAUCUAACGGCGGUGGAUCUAACGGCGGUGGAUCUAACGGUGGCGGCUCCAAUGGCGGCGGCUCGAACGGUGGCGGCUCGAACGGCGGAGGCUCGAACGGCGGUGGAUCCAAUGGAGGCGGUUCUACCGGCGGCGGCAAUGGUGGCGGUAACGGCAAUGGCAACUCUGGCAUUGGCAACGGCAUCGGAGACGGCAACGGCAACAUUGGCGGCAACAACGGUAACAACAACGGUAACAACAACUCCGGUAUCGGCAACGGUGGCCUCAAUGGCAACGGCAACAUUGGUUCCAACAAUGGAAACAACAACGGAAACAACAACUCCGGCAGUGGCAACGGCGUCGGCAACGGCAACCUCAACCCUGGAAGCAACAACGGCAACGGCAAUGGGAACAACAACUCGGGUAGCGGCAACGGCAUUGGCAACGGAAACCUCAACCCUGGAAACAACAAUGGCAACCAGAACGGAAACAACAACUCCGGAUCGCUCAAUGGCGGCCUGAACGGCAAUGGCAACAUUGGCAACAACAACGGCAACCAGAAUGGAAACAACAACGCUGGUACCGGCAACGGUCUCCUCAACGGCAACUUGAACCCUGGCUCGAACAACGGCGACAAGAACGGCAACUCCAACUCUGGCUUGUUGAACGGUGUCGGCAAUGGUAAUGCCAACCUCGGAUCCGGCAACGGCAACGAGAAUGGUAACAAGAACCCUGGCUCAGGAAACGGAGUUGCUUCCGGUAACCUCAACGCUGGCAGCGACAACGGCAACAAGAACGGCAACGAGAACACUGGACUGUUGAACGGUGUCGCCGACGGCAAUGCCAACCUCGGAUCUGGCAACGGCAACGACAACGGCAACAAGAACCCCGGCUCAGCCAAUGGCGUCGCUGACGGUAACCUCAACGCUGGCAAGGACAACGGUUCCAAGAACGGCAAUGAAAACACCGGAGCUGCCAACGGUGUCGCCACCGGAAACGGCAACCUCGGCUCGGACAAUGGAUCCAACAACGGCAACAAGAACAGCGGCCUUCUCAACGGUGCUGCCGACGGAAACCUCAACCCCGGCUCUGGCAACGGCGACAACGUCGGCAACUCGAACACGGGUGCAGCCAACGGUGUCGCCACAGGUAAUGGCAACCUGGGCAAGGACAACGGUGUCGACAGCGGCAACAACAACAGCGGCCUCGGCAACGGCGUCGCUGGCGGAAACCUCAACGCCGGAUCCGGAAACGGUUCCAAGAACGGCAACUCCAACUCUGGUCUCCUCAACGGAGUUGGUGAUGGAAACCUCAACCUUGCCAAGGAUGCUGGUAGCAACAACGGCAACAACAACGCCGGCGCUGCCAACGGUAUCCUCGACGGCAACGCCAACGUUGGCGGAGGCAAGAUCGGCAGCAACAACGGCAACGGUAACACUGGCUCGGGCAAUGGUUCCGGUUCCGGAAAUGGAAACCUUUCCCUCGGUGACAACACUGUCGGAUCCAACAACGGAAACGGUGGUACGGGAAGUGGACAGGGUACCGGCAACGGAAACCUGAACAUCAUCCUCGGUCAAGGCAACAAGGUCGGUUCCGGUGACCAGGGCAGUGGCAACGGCAACGGCAACAUCAUCAUCGGCAACGAUCAGAGCGUCGGUAGCGAUAAGUCCGGAAACGGUCAGGGCAACGGUAACAUCAUCAUCGGAACCGGUCUCGGUGUUGAUCUCGGACUUCCUCAGACCGGCGACAACUUCCACAUCAAGUUCAGGAGGUCUCGUCCCAUCGGUGGUGGAAAGCUCUGGGGUGGUAACACCGUCAACGUGAUCGCCUAG